UACACGUCUUGACAUGUUCAGUAAGGUCGCUCUGGUGGUGGUGGCGGUGAUGGUGGUGGUGGUGAGUAUGGCAGAGGGAGAUGUAGCACCCUUCCUACCACACCUUCACGGACACGGCCACGCACAUGGGCACGCACAUGGACACGCACAUGGACACGGGCACGGGCACGGGCACGGGCACGGACACGGCCAUCUGGUUCCCGCCGUGCAUCAUGCAGUAAUACCUUACGACUAUGGCUACGGUGUCACGGAUCCGCACACUGGCACUGACUUCGGCCACACACAAAACUCAGAUGGAAAUGUUGUUACCGGUGUUUACUACGUGCUGCUGCCAGAUGGUCGCCGGCAGGUGGUGCGCUACACGGCAGAUCACGUUCACGGAUUUCAGGCUCAGGUAUCUUACGAGGGUGGACACGUGCAUUAGUCACCUGUGUAGGCAAGACAGGUGUGUUCCCUCCCUCACCUGCUCAAUGGAUUAGGUAAUUAAGGUACUUGCUAUGAGUGCCUUUGUUUACUACUACUACUACUACUACUACUACUACUACUACUACUACUACUACUACUACUACUACUACUACUA